AUUUCUCUAUAUAUAAACAUGCACAGAUACACAGACUUGAAUCAGAAGAAUAUCCGAAUGGAAGAAGAAGCAGAUUACAGGCUGAUUGUGAUAACUGCUUCAGUAGGGUUUCUCCUCUUGUUUCUGUAUGUUUUGAAAUCGAUACUACUAAAGAGUAAAAACCUGCCACCAAGCCCACCUUAUGCUUUGCCACUCAUAGGUCAUCUCCAUCUGAUAAAAGAACCCCUUCACCUAAGUCUCCACAAACUCACAGACAAAUAUGGCCCCAUCAUAUUUCUCUGCCUUGGCACACGCAAGGUCCUCGUUGUGUCCUCACCUUCAGCAGUAGAAGAGUGCUUCACAAAGAACGAUAUCACUUUUGCAAACCGUCCUCAAACGCUUGCGGCCAAGCAUCUCAAUUACAACAAAACCACCAUAGGGGUUGCUUCCUAUGGCCACUAUUGGCGAAACCUACGGCGUUUAACCACCGUGGAGCUAUUUUCUACCACUCGCCUUGCCAUGCUCACUAGCGUUCGAGUAGAAGAGGUGCAGUUGAUGGUGAAGCAACUGUUUGAAGAAUGCAAAGGACGUCAACAAAUAAUGAUAGACCUCAGAGCAAGACUUUUAGAGGUUUCUUUCAAUAUUAUGCUGAGGAUGAUAUCUGGGAAACGCUAUUAUGGUAAGCAUGCGAUUGCCCAAGAAGGGAAGGAGUUUCAGAUUCUGAUGAAGGAGUUUGUGGAGCUUCUAGGAAGUGGAAAUUUGAAUGACUUCUUCCCCUUACUGCAGUGGGUUGAUUUUGGAGGGGUUGAAAAGAAGAUGGUGAAGUUGAUGAAGAAGAUGGAUAGCUUCCUUCAGAAGCUCCUUGACGAGCACUGCACACGCAGGAAUGUGAUGAGUGAAGAAGAAAAGGAACGAAGGAAGAGUAUGACGCUGAUUGAUGUCAUGUUGGACCUACAACAAACCGAGCCAGAAUUCUACACCCAUGAAACUGUCAAAGGAGUUAUUCUGGCAAUGCUUGUAGCUGGUUCUGAAACUUCAGCUACUACCAUGGAAUGGGCUUUCUCCCUUCUCCUCAACCAUCCAAAAAAAAUGAAUAAGGUUAAGGAAGAGAUAGACACUUAUGUAGGUCAAGAUCAAAUGCUGAAUGGAUUGGACACUACAAAACUGAAGUACUUGCAAAAUGUAAUUACUGAGACACUUCGCCUGUAUCCUGUGGCUCCACUACUUCUACCUCACGAGUCCUCAAAUGAUUGCAAAGUCUGUGGUUUUGACAUCCCGCGAGGAACAAUGUUACUUGUGAAUCUAUGGACCUUGCAUAGGGACGCUAACCUGUGGGUAGAUCCAGCAAUGUUUGUUCCAGAAAGAUUUGAGGGAGAGGAAGCUGAUGAAGUUUACAAUAUGAUUCCAUUCGGUAUAGGAAGGAGAGCUUGCCCAGGAGCUGUUUUGGCAAAACGUGUCAUGGGACAUGCAUUGGGAACCUUGAUUCAGUGUUUUGAGUGGGAGAGAAUCGGGCACCAAGAAAUUGACAUGACAGAGGGAAUUGGGCUUACGAUGCCUAAACUCGAACCUUUGGUUGCCUUAUGCAGACCACGUCAAAGUAUGAUAAAGGUUCUGUCAAAUAUAUAAACGAGGAUAAAAGAUGCAUACGGGGAUCUAAUUUGACAACUUGAAAGAAUAUAUAUAUAUAUAUAAUAAAUUAUAUUGAGAUGUGAUAAAAAAUAAAAAAUAAUACGUCUCAAAUGAGUAUUUGUAAAGAAAAUGUUUGAUACUAUGAUGUGUUAUUCAACACUUAAAUGAGAGAAAAAUAAAUAUGUAUAAUAGCUUAGGUUUAUGAUUUGAUACAAAAUAUAUGUUUUUGCUUUUGGUUAUUUGUCAUGGCAAUUAACCGUGUAGUGUGUAAUAAAAUGUUGAUGUCAGCAACCCAUAUUUAACAUACCAUGUAAACA